AUGGCUGAAAAUCCAACCUGCGAAAUCGAGGAGUUCAUCCGCAUCACAUUCGACUAUGUUAUUUGCGGCGGCGGAACUGCAGGACUCGCGCUCGCAGCACGCCUCUCCGAAAAUCCCGCUGUAACCGUUGGCGUCAUUGAAGCCGGUAAGUAUCGCAUUGGAGAUCCUCUGGUUGAUACCCCUGCGGCGUUUCCACAGAUGUUCGAGAAUCCCGAGUAUGAUUGGUGUUUGUAUACGGUGCCUCAGGAAGGCAAUCGUGGCUUGCGUCAGCACAUCCCGCGGGGAAAGCUCCUCGGAGGAUCCAGCGGCAUCAAUUAUAUGAUUUAUGUGCGAGGAUCGACGCUGGAUUACGAUGACUGGGCAGAAUUGGUAGAGGACGAUGGAUGGUCUGGGGAGAGUAUGCAGCAGUAUAUGCGAAAGCAUCAAACCCUUGAGCCCAUUGAUCCAGCCAUCACCGACCUCUCUACAAUGCCAUUGGUAGGCGAGUUUCAUGGCGUAAAUGGACCCAUCCACACCGGGUUCAAUGAUUCAAUCGUACAAGUGGAGAACGAUAUCAUCAAAGCCUGCGAGGAGGUGACCGGCAUUACAAACAAACCCAAAGACCCAUGGAGCGGCGACCACAUCGGCUUCUACCACACCCUCGGCGCAGUUCAUCGAACCGGCCCAGAUAAGGGCAAGCGUAGCUACGCCGCACGAGGAUAUUAUGAAACGAUCCGUGCUAAUCGCCCAAACCUCAAAGUCAUCUGUGAAGCCCUCGUUAACCGCGUCGUGUUGGACUGCAACAAAGCCACUGGCGUCAGUUUCACGCAUGCUGGAGUCGAGUACCAAGUCUCCGCACAGCGUGAAGUAAUUGUCAGCGGCGGGACAAUCCAAAGCCCCCAGAUUCUCGAGCUAUCUGGAAUCGGCGACCCGGAGGUCCUUCAAGCCGCCGGAGUCGAAUGCAAGGUCGCCAAUAGAGGCGUCGGUGCAAACGUCCAAGACCAUACCCUCACCUUGACCGUAAUGGAGGUCCAGCCAGGUGUCAUCACACAAGACACCCUGAACCAAGUACCCGAGGCAAUGCAAGCUGCCACCAAGCAAUAUGCCGAAGACAGCGGCGGGCCACUCAGCUCCAUCAGUAGCCUGCAGGGGUUCUUCCCGGCAAGGAAAAUUCUCUCUGAACCAGAGCUGGCGGAAAUUAUCCAGAGCAUUCGCGAUGUCAAACCAAACAGCACGUUCCACGCGAAGCAGCUCGCACAGACGAUCGCAAACCUCGAGAGUGACCACUCUGCAAAUAUGCAGCUUGUUACCGUACCAGGCUCAAUGAACCCCCAUGGCAUCUAUCAUCAGCGUAGAAUCAUUCAACCGCGCAAGCGUGGUGAGCCGGCUGGGUUGACCUUGGCGGCUUGUAUUCAGUAUCCCGUGUCUAGAGGGACCAUCCAUAUUGAGAGUGCGGAUCCAACCAAACCCCCUAUCAUCAGCCCCAACUACGGCGGCCACUCAGCAGACAUCUCCCUUUUGGCAGCGUUCCUCCGCUGGACAGAUAAAGUCACGAAAUCAAAGCACGUGAAGUCUUCGUUCCUGCGGCGCGCAUACCCGGAGCCCAAGAUCAACUUGCAGAACAUGGAUGAAGCCCGAGAAGCAGUGCACGACCUCGUUGCGGGUGAGUACCAUAUCAGCGGGUCCGUUGCUAUGGGCGAUGCGUUGGACAGCAGAUUAAGGGUGAAGGGUGUUGAGGCACUGCGUGUUGUGGAUGCAUCAAUUUUCCCGAAUAAUGUUUCGGGCAAUAUUGUCAGUAGUGUUUACGCUGUUGCGGAGAAGGCCGCGGAUAUGAUUCGUGAGGAUUGGGAUCUUAGGGCUCCGCAGACUAUGAUGUAA